CGGGAACUCAGCCUGAUGUGGGGGUACGAGUUCACCGGCAAGUGGGAUCCAUGUAAAGCCAUGCUACGAAUUGUCUAGUUGGGGACUGCAUUUCUUGGGCAACAAUUCUCAUAUAGCCUCUCAAGUCCCCAAUUCACACUCGUGCUUUUCAUACAGUCGAUACCGACCGACUGAUUUUCGCUUGCGACUUCUUUACAUCCGUUCUCUUUCUGGCAUCGGCCCAGGUUACUCAAAUUUGCGCAUUCACUCGGUUUCCUCAUCAGAAUAUCAUGCCCACUCUACCAAGUGUUGACAGUGCGCUGGGCGCUAUUGGAAACACACCAUGUGUCCAGCUGACCCGCGUUGUUCCGCCGGGUUGUGCUCGUGUGUUUUUAAAGCUGGAGAGCCUGAACCCCACGGGAUCAUACAAAGAUCGCAUGGCCCUCUCAGUUGUGGAGGAGGCUGAGCGCCGCAAUGAGCUUCAUCGCGGAAUGACGGUGGUUGAAGCCACAGGCGGUAGCACCGGCUCUUCCUUCGCCUUUGUCUGCGCACUUAAGGGAUAUAACUUUCGCGUUGUAUCCUCGGAUGCCUUCGCGGUCGAAAAGCUCAAUACCAUGACGGCAUUUGGGGCGCAGCUGGAUAUUGUUCCGAGUGCGAAUGGAAAGAUCACACCGCAGCUGAUUCCUGCCAUGCGUGAGCGCGCACGGCAGAUAUCCUCCCAGGGCAGCGAUUAUUAUUAUGCCGACCAGUUCAGAAAUCCUGAUGUCUUACCUGGCUAUGCGACGCUUGGGCACGAGGUGCUGGAACAGGUUCCCGAUAGAAUUGACGCCUUCUGUGGAGCGAUCGGAGGAGCAGGGAUGGUGAUGGGAGUUGCCAGAACGCUUAAAGAAAAAUGGCCUGCUUGCCAUGUAGCUGUGCUAGAGCCUGCCUCUGCUCCGGCUCUGACAAAGGGCUAUGGUGGUGAACACUCGGUCGAGGGCAUUGGUAUCGGAUUCCCCCCUCCUCUACUGAACAAAGACUGGUAUGAUGAAGCACGGGCGAUUGAAGAAGGCGAAGGCCGUGCCAUGUGUCGACGAUUGGCCAAGGAGGAGGGUCUUCUUGUUGGUACCUCUUCAGGUCUCAAUGUUGUUGCGGCACUACAAUUGGCCAAGGAGCUAGGUCCUGGGAAAACGGUUGUUACUGUGGGUUGUGAUACAGGUCUCAAGUAUGUGCGAGGAAAUUUAUACACGGAGAGCUGAAUGUGUAGAUUGGGGUUCCAAUAGUUAUAGCAUAGAUUUCUUUUUGUAUACCAUGUCAGACGGGAGAUAUAUCAAGUCCCCUGCAGUUGAGGACCAUUUCAG